AUGGCGUCUGUCAUGAAGUUUUUGGGUGCGGCUUUGCUUCUGCUUCUCUACAGCAAAGGGACGUAUUCUUGUGAGCCGGACGAAGUGAGCCUGGGGCAGUACGACACGGGCGAUCUGUACUCGAGCGCGCCAGUGUACAACGUGACAUUCUACAACGGGUGCACGGACUGCGACGUGGUCGACCUCUCCCUAAGAUGCCCGGGGUUCAAGACCCUGAAGCCCAUCGAUCCUUUCAUCUUCAAGCCUUCCGGCGACUCUUGCAUCAUCAGCAGAGGCCUGCAAAUCUACACGGGCGUGACGAUCAACUUCACCUACGCUUGGGAAUCCCAGUACCCUUUCGAGAUCGCGCAUUACCAUUUCGAGUGUGCUCCUCCUCCGGAAUCGGAGGUAAAGGGCGCGGCGAGGAUCGUAAGGGGCUGA